CGCGUCCCUGUUCCCUGUUCCCGCGCGCGCCGCUCCCCGCCCUCCAGUCCAGCUCCGCCCGGGGCGCCGCGAGGGGGCGGAGUGGGGUGUGGUGGGCGCGCUCGGGCGGCUCCUGCGCGUUCCCGCCGAGCCGAGCAGGGACUGAGGCGGCGGCGGCGGCGGCGGCGGCGGGAGUGGGAGUCCCGUCGCCGAGUCUCACAUCCGGGUUCUGGCCGUGACCCACCGCGGCCGCCGCGGAGAUGUGACCCGUCAGGACGGCAAAUAUGGCGGAGCCAUCUGUUGAGUCUUCAAGUCCAGGAGGUUCAGCGACAUCAGAUGACCAUGAAUUUGAUCCAUCAGCUGACAUGCUGGUUCAUGAUUUUGAUGAUGAACGAACAUUAGAAGAGGAAGAAAUGAUGGAAGGAGAAACAAACUUCAGUUCUGAGAUAGAGGAUCUUGCGAGGGAAGGCGACAUGCCAAUUCAUGAACUUCUCAGCCUUUAUGGUUAUGAUAGCACUAUUCGACUACCUGAAGAAGAUGAGGAAGAGGAGGAGGAGGAAGAAGAAGGAGAGGAUGAUGAAGAUGCUGAUAAUGAUGAUAAUAGUCGAUGUAGUGGGGAAAAUAAAGAAGAGAAUAUAAAGGAUUCGUCAGGUCAAGAGGAUGAAACUCAGUCUUCCAAUGAUGAUCCAUCGCAGUCUGUGGCUUCUCAGGACGCCCCGGAGAUGAUCCGUCCACGUAGAUGUAAAUAUUUCGAUACAAAUAGUGAAAUAGAAGAAGAAUCUGAAGAAGAUGAAGAUUAUAUUCCAUCAGAAGACUGGAAAAAGGAGAUUAUGGUGGGCUCCAUGUUUCAAGCCGAGAUUCCAGCUGGCAUCUGUAGAUACAAAGAAAAUGAAAAAGUCUAUGAAAAUGAUGAUCAACUCCUGUGGGACCCCGAAUAUUUACCAGAGGACAAAGUGAUUAUAUUCCUCAAGGAAGCGUCUAGAAGAACAGGUGAUGAGAAAGGUGUAGAAGCAAUUCCUGAAGGCUCUCAUAUUAAAGACAAUGAACAGGCAUUGUAUGAAUUGGUCAAGUGCAAUUUUGAUACGGAAGAAGCUUUAAGAAGGCUAAGAUUUAACGUGAAAGCAGCAAGAGUUUCCCCCCUCAUUUUGUCAGAGGAAUUAUCAGUUUGGACAGAGGAAGAGUGUAGAAAUUUUGAACAAGGACUGAAGGCCUAUGGAAAAGAUUUUCAUUUGAUUCAGGCUAAUAAAGUUCGAACAAGGUCAGUUGGUGAAUGCGUAGCAUUCUAUUACAUGUGGAAAAAAUCCGAACGUUACGAUUUCUUUGCUCAGCAAACUCGUUUUGGGAAAAAGAAAUAUAAUCUUCAUCCUGGUGUAACGGACUACAUGGACCGCCUGCUGGAUGAAAGUGAGAGUGCCGCUUCUAGCCGGGCGCCGUCCCCUCCCCCAACAGCUUCAAACAGCAGCAGCAGCCAGUCUGAGAAAGAUGACAGCGCACUGAGCAGCGGCAACCAGAAUGGAGUGUCAUCCAAUGGACCAGGUGAAGUAAUAAACAAAGAAGUAAAAGUCGGAGUACCACAUGUCAACGGACCCCCAGGCAGCCACAGCAAGAAAGCACUUCACGCAGAUACGGAUACCAAUGGUCUUGAAGCCGAUAACCUUACCGCUGACCCAAGACUUGCUCACAUUACUGCAAGAAACGAAAAUGACCGCGAUGAAAAAAACGAGAGACCUGCCAAAAGGCGAAGGGUGAACAGCAAUGGGAAAGAGAGUCCAGGAUCUUCGGAUUUUUUCCAAGAAGCGAUCUCACAUGGAAAAUUUGAAGACCUUGAAAAUACAGAUGACUAGACGCUAGGCUUAAUUUUACUUCCUUUGGAGUAAAUUCUGGUGUGAUGAAAAUUUUCAGGGUUGAUGGGUUACCUUUAAAAAGCUGAUUUUAAAGUGCAGCAGUUAAUACUUAAAAAACCGGAGUUGAGUCCUAACUUAAGCAAAAAGAUUUCAUAGUUCUGCUUCUGCAGACUCUUUACUUUAAAACCACAAAGACCUCUUUAAGGAUUCAACAAAUAGCUUGGUAAACUUCAGUGAACUAAAGCUGUUCAGUAGAUCUAUAUACCUUCUCAUUGGUGUAUGAAUGCAAAAGGUUUCACUAUGAAGUAAGUACUUGUUUCUUGGUUUCAUGGUGGAGAAGAACAAAUUCAGAUCUCUACUUCACCACCAGUUUUUCCAAGCUCCUUGAAAUGUCUGUUAUAACAGACGAUUUCACUCUCCAUGCAAAUUGAGUAUUAUUGUCAUUAAGGAAACCCGUAUGAAUCCUGAAAGUUAUGCUAGCAUGAUUUUUUUUAUAUAUAGAAAUUUAAAAAUAAACCAAGUCAGGUUUGUAUAUGUAAAAUUGUUGACAUCAAUGAUGUCUUUCCAUAUUCUUAUCUGGGCUUAAGAAAUACAUUCUGUAUUUUUCCAGAUUCUUUGUAGCCUUUGAAAGAUUUUUACAGUACCUAUGUCUUGACUGAGCUGUCCUUUCUUAAUACAAAAGCUUGUAUAAUUUUCUUAACUUGUACAGUUGGUAAACUUUUAUGAGAGGAAUUGAUAUUCUGAGUCUGUCAGCUUUCAUUUUUAUUUUGCUAAGGUUUUUCUAAUGAAUUUUUAAGUGUUUGUGUAGUAACUAAGUCAUGUUUCUUAUUCAGGUGGUACAAACAUUCAUAAGUAUUGGGAAAUUAUGCGGGUUUUUUUUCCCCCAAAUUUCUACAGUUUGAGAAUUCUGAAAUUAAGCAUGAUACUUAAAUUACAUAAUUUGUUUUGCAUUUACCUUAAGCUUGAAAUUUACUUUUGAAACAUAGAAUUUAAUGUUGACUUGAGAGUUUCAAUGUAUCAUGCUGCCAAACCCUCCCGUUCAGUUAUUCUCUAUGCACUAUGAAGUUUCCCAUUUCUGCAUUAAGCAAACAGGGAAGAAAAGUCAAGUACUAUUUAGAUGUCAGCACUCAGAAGGAGUUGGCAAGCAACAACAUUGAUUUGCGGAGACAGUAAUGAAGCUAGAAAAGUUCUUUCCAGGAUAAAAUCAGAUGCAUUGACCGUUGACUUGUGUUGUUCCAGAUAGGGUCAUCUAUUUGCAUGGCCUUGCAAGAGUGCCAUUUUAUUUUUAGUGCAAAUUUGGUAAAAUAUGUAGUUUUUAUACAGCUGAUAGACCGACCUAUAUCCAAACUUUUAUGAAAGAUUAUUAACUAUUCUUGUUUGUAUCACACAGGCAGGCAUGCCCCCGACGCUUUAUGAUCCAUCUCCCGCCAUCAGUUCAAGAGCAGAUGCCUUUUUAAAAUAACUGGUCUGUGAUCUUAUUCUCAGCUCAGUUGUGUAAUACAGCUGGGUAGAGGUUUGCACUUAAAUCAUGGUUUGGGCCUUACUCCCGGGAAGUAUUAAUAUAUGUUCAGACUGUUUUCCCUUCACCAAUGUGAACAACUUUCCUCCCACAAAAACAGUGUUAAAAAGUCACUUUAUAACACUUGACUUCAUAUAAUGGACAUUCACUAUUUUACAUACAUAACCCAAGUAAAUAAAAAUUUGGGGUGAAAGUGUUUUGGAAUGUGAGUUUUGUUGUUUUGUUUUACAUAGAACAUUAAUUUAUCCAGAAUGGCAGCUUUAGUAGCUGGUUACAAUCCACUUUGUAAGCAAAUCCAAAGUACCCUAGCUUUUUGUCAAAGAUGGCCUAGAGACCGUGCGAAUGAAUAGCGCAGCUGUGCUUUUUUUAUGUUGUCAUUUCACCUUUUUUUUUUUUUGGUACAUGUAUUUUGUUAGGUUUAUAAACUUCUUGCAAACUCAGUUUUACAGGAACACUUAAACAGUAAGUAAAUCCUCAGGCAUGUUUGCAGAUAAGGCACAUGUACGUUAGGAAAUGUCACACUUUUCUUUACCUUUCAAAAGUAUGCCUACAAGAAACAUUCCACUAUUAUAAUCCGCACUGCUCCGCUCUUUGUAAAGCUAUAUCUCGAUGUGCUUUGUGUCCAUACAGGUUAUUGUACAUAGUGCUUUGUUCUUCAUAAUGCAGCCACCGUGACUUCUGUUAAGUCAUUGCACUACUUUCAAGUUUUUAGUAACAUCAUGAAUUUCAUUUGCUUAAGAUCUAAUACAUUUCAUAACUUGAAAACUCUCAACAAAUCACAUCAGGAAGAGAAGCCUUUGUUCAUGUCUCCACCCUGAACCCGACGCCGCAAAGCGCUUUCAUUGUUGUCACUCGGAGUGGCAUUCUGUUCUGUGAUGCUUUCCAACAGACUUCUUCAGAAUCUGCAACUCUGCUCAACAUGUUGAGCUUGGAAAUGUAAUUGAAGUAAUAUUUAAAUAGACAUUUAAAAUUAUAAAUUAGACGUUUUUAAAUUUAUGCAUAGUAAUUUUGCACUGUAAACUAAUGCCCUCUCCCCAUUCCCUGUCUGCCAUUCUGAAUAUGCUUAUUAAAAUAUUUUUUUAAACAUUUGCCUAUAAAA